GUGAGCCCGGGCAGGUUUUUUGGUCGCGAGCAGGAAGCUUUUUUUUGCACUACAUUCAUCGACUGCCAGGGGAAGGAGCCGCGGUUACGUGGUCGCCGUUGCCCUUCUCGGGGGGGGCGCCGCCUGUCACCGCACGGCACAACGCAGCGCAGCGCCGCGCCGCGCCCGGCCAGCCCGCCCGCCGGGCCAGCCCUUCCUCACUGCCCGAGCCUCUAGCCUUCCCGGCCCCCGCCGCAGCCGCCGCAGCUGGCCAUGGCCGCACUUGGCCACCUCUCCACCUUCGGCCGGGUCACCCACGCCGUGGUGCGGGGACUGCCCGAGUCCCUGUGCCAGCACGCGCUCCGGCGCCAGAAGGGCGACGAGGUGGAUUUCGCCCGGGCCGAGCGGGAGCACCAGCUCUACGUGGGGGUGCUCAAGAACAAACUGGGGCUGCAAGUGGUGGAGCUGCCGGCAGACGAGAGCCUGCCCGACUGCGUGUUCGUGGAGGACGUGGCCGUGGUGUGCGAGGAGACAGCCCUCCUCACCAGACCCGGGGCAGUGAGCCGGAGGAAGGAGGUUGACAUGGUGAAAGGAGCAUUAGAAAACCUUCAGCUCAACAUAGUAGAGAUGACAGAUGAAAACGCAACCUUGGAUGGUGGAGAUGUUUUAUUCACAGGCAGGGAAUUUUUUGUGGGCCUCUCCAAAAGGACGAAUCAGCGUGGUGCAGAAAUCCUGGCUGAUACUUUCAAGGAUUACGCUGUUUCCACAGUGCCAGUGGCCGACACUCUACAUCUGAAAAGUUUCUGCAGCAUGGCUGGACCCAACCUGAUCGCCAUUGGCUCGAGUGAACCUGCACAAAAAGCUCUCAAGAUCAUGCAGCAGAUGAGCGACCAUCGCUACGACAAACUGACUGUGCCUGAUGAUGUGGCCGCAAACUGUGUGUACUUAAACAUCCCGAACAAAGGGCAUGUCUUGUUGCACCGAGCCCCGGAAGAGUACCCAGAGAGUGCCAAGGUGUUUGAAAAACUGAAGGACCACAUGCUGAUACCUGUCACCAACACAGAACUGGAAAAGGUGGAUGGACUACUCACCUGUAGUUCAAUUUUGAUUAACAAAAAGGUAGACUUGUGAGUCCACAGAAUCCCCUAUUUGUCACUGGCAAUAACGUACGCGCAAGGCCGAUGACUCUGUACCCAGUCUUGUUUUGAUCGACAAUCUACUGUGCCACAAUGCUACUAAUCUAUGUUUACAAAAGUUAAUUCUCAUUUCCAUUCCAUUUUGUCCUUUGCUUCUCUCCCCACCCCAGGUGGUACUUAAGCUGUGGAUUUGAUAGCUGAAUUAAGUCUAGGAAAUAUAAGUCUUAACAAACUAUUAAAACUUGAUUGGAGCAAUGGAAACACUCAUCUUAAUGACUUAGAGAAAAUCCUUUGAGAUGCCGGUAUAUUUAGAAAAAUGUCUUGGUCAGAUAAUCUCUCUUUUCUAUAUAUCAUCUACAUAUAAUAGGAUUUCUACAGAAUUCCUUUUCUUAUUUCUUCUCUCUCUCUCUCUCUCUCUCUCUCUCUCUCUCUCUCUCUCUCUCUCAUUUCUUGAUUUUGCCCUCUAAUAAUUUUUGCCUCUUUCUGUAUCCCUAGCACAUUACCUGACACAUAGUAGGCACUUAACUGUUUAUUGACUAUUGACUAUAAUAGAUCUAGAACUGGGAGGAACCUCAGAGGCCAUCUAGUCCAAUGCCCUGAUUUUACAGUUGAGGAAACUGAGGCCUUCUCUCUUUGGUUUUUGUUUCUAUUUAUUCAUUCUUGUGCUCAUGUCUUCCCCUCUCCUCUCACAGCCAGCCACCUUGACAUUGACUCAUCUUGGGCCUCUGGGUAGUAAAGCUUUAGCCAAUACACCACCAUGCAGUUCCACUCUGGCCUCAAUACAAUCUGCCUCACUAUUACAACUUCUGCCUUAAGGAAUGGGCAAAUGGGCUCUUGAGCAGAAUCACGACCAAAAUCUGGGUGGCAGCUUGGGAAAGCAUUACUAUGCAGGGAUGCACCAAGAUAGGGCUGGCCCCGCAGAUUCAAAUUCCAGAACAGUUAGAGGUCCAUACCUAGGCAAGCUGCAACCUAGUCUUCUGAUGAUAACUCAGAUUCCCUGCAUGAAAAUUCAAGUGAGUGUGGCAAGUCUAAGCAUUAACAUGCUAAGGAGAAAUGAGGGGAACCAACAAGAGAUGUCUUGGAAACACCGUACUAACUUCACAUCUUACAAAGUCUUUAUGAGGAUACUUACAUUCGACUGCUCUUGACCCCUUGCAGGGCUCCCCAACACUCCAGUGGAUUCAUGAUCUCACUGAGAUGGGUAGUCCCUUCCCCAAUAUAUGUUUCAGCCCAUUCAUUCCUGUCCAUUCCUGUAUAACUCUUGUCUAUCUCCUCCCAUAAACCUGCCACAGGGGAUCCAUUUGACAUACUAAAGGGAUUCCAGAUCAUUUGGGGCAUAUUUUUUAAAAUUAAAAAAAAAGGUUUUCUUUUCCUUAUUUAUUAGAUCCCUACUUCUGUCCUUCUUGUCUCUCCCAAGAGUCUGUUAGAAAAAGAAAAAAUGUAUGCUAUUUCCCCCCAAAAAAGAGUAACAUCCAAAAAUGAAUGUGUAUGCUAGGGGCAUAACUGAAAGAGAAUGGAGCAUCUUGUCCCUGACAAAAGAAAUGAUUGGGCAGUCCCUACACAGCUAACUUGCAGCCUCAUAUAAUAAGUGGUGUUGUUUUCCAAACUUCCAUGAAUAUUUACAAUGGAAUUCAAUGAAAUCCCAUAUCUCCUGUAACUCUCAAAUUGUGCAAACUUCAGACUGACUCAGGCAGCAGAAAGGAAAAUACCGCAGUGAAGUCAGGAGCCAUCAUCUUUUUUCUUCAACUUGAAAGAGUCUGUCCCUACGCAGACGAGGGAAAUGGUAUUUUCCAUGGAAUGGUGGCUGGUUUCAACAUGUUAUCAAUUUCCUAGUCAUCUCCACCUUUCCUGUGGAUUUGGGGAUAAGGAAAACUCAGAAAACAUUCGUUACAUUCUUAUUCUGUUCAGCUAUUUCUUCCUUGCCAACCUACAUGUUUUCACUCAAUCAGCAAAAAAGACACAUAACUGCACCCUUACUCAUCCUUGUAUUCCUCACCCAUAUGGAACCACCUACAAAUACUUGAGCUAGACUAUUCAAUGGCCCUCUUAGUAGACAGCAGGAAGAACUCAACCUUGAAAAACCACUAAGAAAACAAAGACAUGCAAUCCUCCACUUGGGCCUACUUAUCUUCUCCAAAUCCUCAUUGCUCAACUUUUUAAUCCUUAUCAUAUGCAGACAUCUGAUCAUGUACAUCCUGUAAAUGAAACAUUUGCUGGUCAUUGUUAGAUUUCAAGUUGUCAGAGAUGAACAAUCCCAAAUUCAAAUCAAAAUAGGGAAGUACCAUACCAACAAGGGAGAGAAUAUUGACCAUGUGUUGAGGGAGACAAGAAGAAAUUUGGAUCCAAUGGAAAUGGUUAACCCCUUCGUGUCAAAUCAGACCAGAGACAAAAGAAGGACUGACUUUCAGGGUUCCAUAUCAGAAAAAAAAGGAAGGAAGGAAGGAAAAAAGGAAGGAAAGAAGAAAGAAAGAAAGAAAGAAAGAAAGAAAGAAAGAAAGAAAGAAAGAAAGAAAGAAAGAAAGAAAGAAAGAAAGAAAGAAAGAAAGAGAAAGAGAGAAAAGGACAGAAGGAAAGAAAUAAAAAAGGAAAGGAAAGAAAGGGAGAAAGGAAACUUAAUAAGUAAGCUUAAUUUAGUAAGAGUAACUUCUGUUACCUCCAUCCAUUAUCACAAUUUGAUGACCAUGUAACCCUGUCUAUUUUUAGUCAAUUGCAAGGUGAACAGACUUCUCCUCUGAACCAUCUAUUCCCCAGAAUUUCAUUUUCUUCUUCUCUUCUGUUCUUUUCUCUUCUCCUUUCCCUCUAUCUCAAGAAAUGACUUAAAAUUGGGGCACGUCUUCCCCAGAGCCUCAUUCUGAAUUCUUAAAUAAUCCUCUGUAUCACACAUUACAUUUUCCCUUCUGUGAUGCUCUGUGUGACCUGCCUGUUGUGGAUAUUUAAAACAUACACAGAGCACAAUAGUAUUUCUUUGAUACCAGCCACAAAACGUCCCCCAUGCUGGUUGAUGGUGAAUUUGUAAGGACAGACAAACUGUAACAAAAAGUCAAUGUUUUAUUCAAAUAGAAACUUCAGACAGAAUUACUUAACCAGCCAAAUCAAAUCAAAUAAGGGGAAUACAAAGAAAUUUCUUCAUUUCUUCAGGGGUUUUUCAGUUGUGGCAGAUAACUAUAGAAACCAACAAAAACAGAUCUAUUACCAGUUACUUUGCUCUUUUUUAUCUACUGUGAACAGAAUGUUAAGGCCAUCUCUUCACCUUAAGGGAAAAAAUAUUUAGUAGAUGAAUAAUGUAACUUGUAUAGAGUUGCAUGUAAAUCUUUAUAAUUAUUCACCACUUAGUAUUGCAUUGUUGUACAGCUUGCAAAUAGAAUUACAAUAUGGCUCUAGAUGUGGCCAGUCUCUCCUGCUGAUCACAUUCUUUCAGCCAGUAUAUUGUUAGCCUCUUUUUGUGUGCCAAAAUCAUAAAUACCCUAGUCCUUUAGACCAGAGAAAUUCUGCACUGAUUUUAGUCUCUUGCAAUUCCAAUCCUCGAUGUAAACCAAUUAUUAUGGAAUAAAGUGUCCGUUGUGCUGCAA